UAUUCAAUCAACACACACUUUUUUGUGAUUGAACUAACACGGCUACAACACACGGUAGCUGCAUCUCACAACAAAACAUCGCAUAUCCCCACGCACCAAAAAUGCCGUCUCAGGGCCAGUUGCUGCACAAGGCUUUCGAGCAGGCCAAUCUGCCGCUCACCAUCACCGCAACUGCGCGCGAAUUCGCUUGGGGCGCUCGCGAUUCGACCUCCUUCUUGAUGGACAUCCGAAACACAAAGGGACUCGGCAAGAACGAGUUCAAGCAAAAGUUUGUCGCCUACCUGGGCGAUGGCACCGACCUCCAGGUUACCAACGUCGAUCCGGCACUCCACCAACUUGUGCUGACCGUGCAAGAGCCCGUGCGCGAAAUUGUCACGGUUCGCCGCGAGUGGAUGAUGAUGGAGCGCCGCUAUAUCGAGCAUACCGACCGGCAAUGGACGACCGGAAAUCUGCAUUGCCACCUGGUCGGCGUUGACGAGGGCCACUUGUUCUUCUGCGAGCUCCCAAACGUCGUCUCCACCGUGCACCAAGCUCACCAGCUCCUCCGACCCAAGCAGCUCGUUAACAAGCCCAAGACUGCCUUCAAGCGACAGGGCGAGUGGUUUUUGGUUCCCGUGCCCGUGUCGGAGUGCGCCAAAAUCCAAGAAGCAGCCACACCAGUUGCUCCGGCCCCCUUUGAGCCAUGGGGAAGGGCAGUUCCUAACGUUCAAACUCACUAUCGCAAUACUGCGCUUGGCGUGCACAUCGGCCGCGGUCCCGGCCGUGGACAUGUCGCCGACGAGAUUGUUGUGUAUGGCGGUCGCGAGUUUGCUCGUGGCAAGCUGCAGCAUCCCGACCACGUGCCGCGGCAUCUCAAGGACUGGCACGAAGUGCUCCGAAACCAGGAGAAGACCUCGAAUGUUCUCAAGCACACCAAUUGGAUGGACUGAAGAGAGGAACUCGUUGUCAGUUGUCCGUUGUCGUUGAAUGUUAAGGAAGGUUAAGUGUUGUUGUUGCUUCAUUGUAAAUAAUACCAAUCACCCAUUAUCAAGCUUUGUGGAUCGA